CCGCGUGUCUCGGGCCACACGCCGGAAAGACGACCUACUCCUGGGCCCGCCGGAGGAAGUGUCCAGGUCCCGGAGGGCGGGGCUUGCAGCCUUGGAUGUCGCCAUGACUACCGAGCCCGAGGACCCUGUGGCCCCCUUGGCUGCCGAGCCCGCGGUGCCGUCGCUUGUGGACCGUUACUUUACUCGCUGGUACAAAGCGGAUGUCAAAGGAAAACCCUGUGAAGACCACUGUAUACUACAGCACUCUAACCGAAUAUGUGUCAUCACGUUAGCAGGAUCUCAUCCAGUUCUUCAAAGUGGAAAAACAGUUAAAAGCAUUUCUUAUCAAAUCAGUACCAACUGUAGCAGACUUCAGAACAAAGUCUCUGGGAAGUUUAAGCGGGGGGCACAGUUUCUCACAGAACUUGCACCUUUGUGUAAGGUUUACUGCUCAGACGGAGAAGAAUAUACCAUAUCUAGCUGUGUUAGAGGACGGUUGAUGGAAGUGAAUGAAAACAUUCUCCAUAAACCAUCUAUUCUUCAAGAGAAGCCAUCUACUGAAGGCUACAUUGCAGUUGUGUUGCCCAAAUUUGAAGAAAGUAAAAGCAUAACAGAAGGGUUAUUGACACAAAAGGAGUAUGAAGAAGUUGUGAUGAAACGCCUCAAAGCCACAACAGCUACCUCAUGAGGGGCGAGGACUGAGGUGGAAUAAAAGCAACAGGGCAUCUUUGUCUUUACCCGGCCUACCAGUCCGUGCACCAGGGAAGAACCAGCACGGGUGAGGCCGACUUCACACCCGCCAUCCGCAGGGAGGCCCGAUCUUUUUUUUUUUUUCCCUUUAGUAAAGAUUUUCUCAUCAUUUUUAAUGGGAAACAACUAAAAUCUCAUGGAAACAGUCCAGUAGGGAAAUUUUUACUAUUGAGUUUUCAAAUCAUAUAUUUUUUCUUCAAAAUUGGUAUAUAUUAUUUUGAUGUCUCACAGGUAGGUCCUGAUAUAGAUUUGAUCUGCCUGUAGAUAAUACAGAGGACUAAUAACAGAGAAUUCAGAUACAAAUUCAACAGCACCUUUCCUUAGUUCUCUAGUUAUACUCCUGUCCAACUCCCGCCACAUCUUGGUCAAGUAAGUCUCCACGCUGUCAUUUGAACGGUGUGGAACUGAGGUAGUAAACCCUAUGUUUGCUCUUGAAAUAAGAUUUGCAUGAACCCUGAAGUAGGACUGAAAUUUCCAACAGAAGAGGGCUCCAGGACUGGCGUGCUGCUAAGAGUGCCGAGGAAAGAUCUGUUCUGCUGUUUCUCCACCUCAAGUUUGGUGCUGAUCUCUGCCAGCCUCUCAUUAGUCUUGUCGCGUUUCUUUUCCAGUGACUUUCUAACUUUUAGUUCCUCUAGGUAGUGUUGCUUAUAUUUUUCCAACUCUGCUUUAUUAGAAUCUUGAAAAGUCUUCAUCUUGGCGAAUUCAGAUCCCAAGUCUUUAAUUCUGAGUUCCAUCUGACUUCUUUUUUUUU